AUGUUUUCAUUUUUCUUCUUGAUUCUUUUUCUUCUAAAUAUUAUCACAAAUUAUUCAUUAAUACUUAAUAGACAAUCUAUUAUAUCUAAUGAAUAUCUUGGUAAUACUGGAAAACAUCUUUUUUAUUUUGUGCAAAUAACAGAUACUCAUAUAACUCAUCUCGGUCAUGCUGAUCGAAGGCAACAAUUUGAACAAUUUUGUAAUCAUAUUAUAAAAACAUUAGUAAAACCACAAGUUACUAUUUUAACAGGUGAUCUUGUGAACAGUGUAAGCAGUUCAAAGGAUCAAUUAUUUGGAACAACACAAUAUGAACAAGAAUGGAAUAUUUAUAGAGAUAUAUUAAUUCGAACUAAUGUUACAAAACAUACAAAAUGGCUUGAUAUAAGAGGAAAUCAUGAUGCAUUUAUGGAUCCAGAUCCAGAUUCAUUAAAAAGUUUCUAUCGUAUUUAUUCACAUCAAGGACAUGAUCAUAGUGGUUCAUAUGAACAUACAUUAACAACAAAAGAUGAUGAUACUUAUUCAUUUGUUGGUAUUGAUAUGUGUCCACGACCAGGUCUUGGUCGUCCAUUUAAUUUCCUUGGUCAUAUUAGUAAAAAAGAAAUGAAAAUUUUAAAAAAAUUAUUUAAAAAAACUAAAAAUUCUACUGCAACAAUAUUCUUCGGUCAUUAUCCAUUAUCAUUUACUUAUUCAAAAGGAAUUGAUCAAAUAAUGAAAUAUGGUUUAGUUUAUAUAAAUGGUCAUCUUCAUUCCGGUAUAAAACAUUUAUAUGCUCAUCAUUCAAAUGGUUUACUUGAACUUGAAUUAGGAGAUUGGAAAGAUAAACGACGAUUUCGUAUAUUAACCAUUGAUUCGGGUUUAUUAUCUUUCGAAGAUUUUCGAUUUAGUCAACCUAUUUAUGCUAUUAUAUCACAUCCAAAAGCAGCAAAAUUUCUAACAUCAAGAGAACCAUUCUAUCGUCUAAAUCAAAGUACACAUAUCAGAAUUGUUAUUUUUUCAAAAUUAUCUAUUAUUAAUGUAAAUAUUUCUAUUGAUGAACAAUAUAUUGGUUCAGCUAUUCAAUCAAUUGAUAAUCAAAAUUUAUUUAUUUUUCCAUGGAAUACAAGUUUAUAUAAUGAUGAAAAACUUCAUAAAAUAUUUGUUAAAAUUAAAGAUAAUGGAAAUAAUACAGUAAUUUUACAACAUGAAUUUUCUCUAUCAUUAUUAAAAAAAACAAAAUGGUAUCAAUCGAAAAUAAUUCUUACUAUUCAUCAACCAACUUUUGGUUUUAUUAUUUUAAUUUCAUCUUUAUGUUCAUAUAUUCUUACAUUAUUAUAUUAUCGCUAUCAAGUAAAACAAAAUUCAUCUAAUUUUAUUAUUCGUUUUACAUUAUGGAAUCAAUUUCGUCUUCGAAUGAUAUGUCUUUGUUCAGUAGAUUUUAUAUUUUAUUCAUUAUUUAGUUUUUCUUUGUAUUAUUUUAUCGGUCCAUGGUAUAUCGGAUAUUUAACAUCAAGUCAUUUUGGUGUCACUUUUCUUUGGGGUACAUUAAUACAACAAGUUUAUUUACCACCCGAUGCACAAAUAUUUGUAGGAAUUUUUCAACUAUAUUUCUUUAUAUUUCCAUUAACAUAUAGUUUAAGUUCAUCAUGUUUUUAUCGUUAUAUUCAACAACUUGAAUCAAAUACAAGGAUAAUUAAAUAUCAUUUUAAUUAUUGUUAUCGAAUCUAUACAGUUUAUAUUCUAUUUAUAUAUACAUUAGUUUUUAUUUUAUUUUGGUCAUUUCUAAUGACUGCAUCAUAUAAAUUAUCUUGGAUACUAUCACCAUUUGGUUUGAUAUUAGUUUUAUUUUCAUUAAUUCUUUAUGUAAAAUCUCAUCGAUUGAAAAUCGAAGAUUUUAAAUUAAAAAAAGCAACUGAAACAAUGAUUUCAAUCAAUCACGAUAAUUCAAAAUUAAUUCAUCAAGUCGAGGAAUGA